GAGCGGUACGAAACUCCUUCUCGGCAAGGCGCGUGGAACGUUCCUUCCUUGGCCAACAGGCAGCAGCGAUGCGGUGUUCCUUGCCUGUGGGCACAGACCGGAGCUUCUAGUGGGCCCGCGGAGCCGCUCCCCUGAGCUGCUGGCACCCGAGUCUCCUCUCCAGCCAAUCGGGACGCUGCCGCCUCGACCUUGGCUCGAUGCGACUAAGUGGAGUUGGCCUCCCUGCCCACCUGUGGAAGAAGCUCAUACCGACUGACUCCCGCAACCCCUUGGCCUUCCAGCCGUCUCCUCCCACUAAUGCAGCAUCACCCUGUGAAUUACAUUAGGGUGGUUUUCCCCCCAGCCUUGGGCUUUGUUUGGGUUUGAUUGUGUUUGGCUCUUCGCUAAGCUGAUUUAUGCAGCAGAGCCCCAUCGGCUGGAGAGAAACAAAAGCUCUUUUCUUUGUCCCGGACUGGACUGAGGAGCCCUCACUUGCUUCACUGCCGCGGGCCAUCGGCUGUCCAAGGAGGUGCUUUUGGCUGAGACUGCCAGCCCGGCUGUGCGGAGCUGGGAGGGCCUCGGGGCCCUGAGAUGCAGAGAGCUGCCCUGGCCCGCAUACCUGUACCGCCUGCUCAGAGCCACUGGGUCGGUCAGCCCGGCCUUCGGAAAAGGUCCUAGAGAUUCUCGGCCUGCGGGCCCCAAGGUGCGCCCCCAAGUCAAGAGCGCGCACCGGGCAGGCGACCAGGCGGCGGGCUGCUUUGCAUUAUGUGCGGCUCGGCCCUGGCUUUUCUGACUGCUGCACUGCUCUGCCUGCACAACUGCCAGCGAGGUCCUGCCUUGGUUCUCGGGGCGGCCUGGGUGUUUUCACUUGUUCUCGGACUGGGCCAAAGUGAACACAAUAAAUGCGGCUCUUCAACCGUCGUCUCCUGUGCCAGGUGCCUCCAGCUGGGUCCAGACUGUGGAUGGUGUGCUCAGGAGGAUUUUGUUUCAGAUGGAUUAAGAAGUGAACGUUGCGAUACUGUUUCCAAUUUGAUAAGCAAAGGCUGUCCGGUUGAUUCAGUAGAAUACCUGUCUGUGCAUGUGGUUACACCAAACGAGAAUGAAAUCAAUACCCAAGUGACACCAGGCGAAGUCUCAAUCCAGCUGCAUCCAGGAGCUGAAGCUAAUUUUAUGUUAAAAAUCCGUCCUCUGAAGAAAUAUCCUGUGGAUCUUUAUUAUCUGGUUGAUGUGUCAGCAUCAAUGCACAAUAAUAUAGAAAAACUGAAUUCCGUUGGAAAUGAUUUAUCUAAAAAAAUGGCAUUCUUUUCCCGUGACUUCCGUCUUGGUUUUGGCUCAUAUGUGGAUAAAACUGUCUCUCCAUACAUUAGCAUCCACCCGGAAAGGAUUCACAAUCAGUGCAGUGACUACAAUUUAGACUGUAUGCCUCCCCAUGGGUACAUCCAUGUGCUGUCUCUAACAGAAAAUAUCACUGAGUUUGAAAAGGCAGUCCACAGACAGAAGAUCUCUGGAAACAUAGACACACCUGAGGGAGGCUUUGAUGCCAUGCUUCAGGCUGCUGUCUGCGAGAGUCAUAUUGGAUGGCGAAAAGAAGCUAAAAGAUUGCUGCUGGUGAUGACAGACCAGACGUCACAUCUUGCUCUUGAUAGCAGAUUGGCAGGCAUCGUGGUGCCUAAUGAUGGAAACUGCCAUCUGAAGAAUAACAUCUAUGUCAAAUCGACAACCAUGGAACAUCCAUCAUUAGGCCAACUUUCUGAAAAAUUAAUAGACAACAACAUAAAUGUCAUUUUUGCAGUUCAAGGAAAGCAGUUUCAUUGGUACAAGGACCUUCUGCCUCUUUUGCCUGGCGCCAUUGCUGGUGAAAUAGAAUCCAAAGCUGCAAACCUCAACAAUUUAGUAGUAGAAGCCUACAAGAAACUCACUUCAGAAGUAAAAGUGCAGAUGGAAAAUCAGGUACAUGGUGUCUAUUUCAACAUCACAGCCAUCUGUCCGGAUGGGGCCAGAAAGCCAGGCAUAGUUGGAUGUGGAAACGUGACAAGCAAUGACGAAGUUAUUUUCAAUGUAACAGCUGUGAUGAAAACAUGUGAUAUCAUAGGAGGAAAAAACUAUGCAAUAAUCAAACCUAUCGGUUUCAAUGAAACCACGAAAGUCUACAUACACAGAAGCUGCAGUUGCCAGUGUGAGGAUCUCAAAGAACAUAAAGGACAGUGUGUGGAAGCUGUCCUGGAUCCCAAGUGUCCGCACUGUGAUGACAGCAAGUGUCAUUUUGAUGAAGACCAGUUUCCUUCUGAGACAUGCAAGUCACAGGAGGAUCAACCUGUCUGCAGUGGCCGAGGCGUUUGUAUCUGUGGGAAAUGUUUGUGUCAUAAAACCAAGCUUGGAAGAGUAUAUGGCAAAUACUGUGAAAAGGAUGACUUUUCUUGUCCGUAUCAUCAUGGGUCUGUGUGUGCUGGUCACGGGGAGUGUGAAGGUGGCAAAUGCCAGUGCUUUCAUGGCUGGGAAGGCGAUAGGUGCCAGUGCCCAUCAGCCGCAGCACAGCGCUGUGUCAACUCCAAGGGCCAAGUCUGCAGCGGAAGAGGCACCUGUGUGUGUGGCAGGUGUGAGUGCACCGAUCCCAGGAGUAUUGGCCGCCUCUGCGAGCACUGCCCAGCCUGCCAUCUAUCCUGUAGUGAAAACUGGAACUGUCUGCAGUGCCUUCACCCUCACAAUCUGUCUCAGGCUGUGCUUGAUCAGUGUAAAGCCUCCUGUGCUGCCAUGGAACAGCACCGUGUAGACCAAGCAUCAGAAUGUUUAUCUGGCCCAAGCUAUCUGCGAAUAUUUUUUAUCAUAUUCAUAGUCACUUUCUUGAUUGGGUUACUUAAAGUCCUUAUCAUUAGACAGGUGAUUCUACAGUGGAAUAGUAACAAGAUAAAGUCCUCAUCAGAUUACAGAAUGUCUGCUUCCAAAAAGGAUAAACUGAUUCUGCAGAGUGUUUGCACAAGGGCUGUCACCUACCGACGAGAAAAGCCUGAGGAAAUAAAAAUGGAUAUCAACAAGCUAAAUGCUCAUGACGCUUUCAGAUGCAACUUCUAAAGAAAGAUUUAAAACAAACAAAUGAAAACUGUUGGAAACUGGAUUUUUUUUUUUACACAACUGCUUCUAAAAAGUAUAAUACAAAAAGUCACAGGAGGAGACAAAUUAUUGAAUACUAUGCCAUGAAGAUUGGCAAGUGUCUUCACAACCGUGUGACUCACUCAGCUGCUGAAGUUUUCAGAGAACUAUGUGUCUUACUACUGUUGGAGACUAGUGUUGUAGCACUUUACUGUAAUAUAUAACUUAUUUAGAUCAACAUAGAAUGUAGAUCAUCUGGAAAGCACUGAUUACACUUUACAGGUACCUGUCAUCCCUGCACUUCCCAGACAGACACAAUGCUAUGAAACCGGUUGGCACGGGGUCACCGCCACAGUGCAGUGAUCUUUGCACACAACCUGCUGACAGAAAACAUCUGGGGGUCAUUGAACCAACAACUGGCCUUGUCUAGACGUUCACAACCAGCUGAAUAAGGGUUAGUAUUUCAUUUCAGUUGGUGGUGAAUAGAUAAAACCUUAACCCUAAGUGACGUUGCUUUUGGAACUGUGUGGUUUGCUGCAUGUGCCAGUCUGUUCUCUUCUGUUUUGCAGAAUGGAUAUUGACCGAACAUCUUGUCUUUUUUUUUUUUUUUUGCAUUUUAAUUCUGUUUUGUUUUCUUCUGGAAUAAGUUUAUAAUGUCACAGAGGACUGGAUUAAAUAAGUGCUAAGUUACUACUGCCAUAGAAACCCAUAUGACAAUGACACUUUACUAGAAGACUGGUUUUCAGAGCUGAACGUUUGUAAGGGUCACUGUAAAGUGUCGUCUCGGUCCUUAGCGUCUUUGAAGAUAGAGAGUUUAUAUUUUCUUACCUGUCAAACUGGAUGAACUGUCUCACGCUCUCAUUGAU